CGUUCGUUCAGCGACUACACUUGAAUCAUGACCAAACACACGUACGCCUCAACUUGACAAUGUUUUGAAACGUUGUUAACGCGAAACAUUCUUGUGCGCCGAGAAAGGGACGUGUGUUUAUUUACCAAUGGCCGCCAUUGUGUCUUGUAGUCUUAACAGGGCAUUUCAAAGUACGACGAGAAGAUGUUUGGACGCACAUUUUAAAAGUUGUAACGUCGCACGUGAGUCGCGGUUAACGAUAUCGUCCAGUCACAGACCGGCUGCGCGUCCAGUAGUAAGAUGGUUCACUGGAGUGAGGUUUAUGUCCCAUGGUACCGCAGGCAGAACCGCAGCCGGGCCAACCAGAAGAACUGCCCUGGCACUCGGCGGAGCCGCCGUCGUGACGGGUGCAGCGGCUGCAGUUGGGCUGUUGGUCAACACCGGCCACUUCCAGCGGGCAGAGAUGGCAACGAGAGUUUCCCUCGAUGCCGUGAAGCCGCAGGAAGAGGGAGACAUCCUGGAGAGAUGCCGGGGCUUCAUGUCUGAUCCAGUGUCCGAUAUCAAAGAACUACAGGGGAGAAAAGACGAAAUGAGGACCAGGAUGGAGAUGCUGAUUAUGCAGACCCAGGCCGAGUUCUGCAAAGCCCUGGAGGAGGUGGACGGAGGGACGUUUAAGGUGGACCGCUGGGCUCGAAAAGAAGGUGGCGGAGGAGUCAGCUGUGUGAUGCAGGAUGGAAAAGUGUUUGAAAAGGCUGGGGUCAAUGUUUCAGUGGUGUUCGGGAACCUGACGGAAGAGGCUGCCAAACAGAUGAGAAGCAGAGGCAAAGUCCUCAAAGGGAAAGAUGGGAAACUGCCGUUUUGCGCCAUGGGUGUGAGCUCUGUGAUCCACCCUAAAAACCCUCACAUCCCCACAGUUCACUUCAACUAUAGAUACUUUGAGAUCGAGGAGGAAGACGGCUCAAAGCUGUGGUGGUUCGGCGGAGGCACCGACCUGACUCCAGUCUACGUUAAUGAAGAAGAUGCAUUUCACUUCCACAACACUCUGAAGGAAGCCUGUGACAAACACCAUUCCCAGUACUACAAAGACUUUAAGAAAUGGUGUGACAAGUACUUCUACAUCCGUCACAGAGGGGAGACUCGGGGUAUCGGCGGAAUCUUUUUCGAUGACCUUGACUCCCCCAAUCAGGAAGAGGCGUUCAACUUCGUCAAGAGCUGUACCCGCACCGUGGUGCCCUGUUACCUGCCCAUUGUAUACAAACAUCUGAACGACUCCUUCACCGAUGAAGAGAAGAACUGGCAGCAAAUCCGACGAGGCAGAUAUGUGGAGUUUAACCUGGUGUACGACCGAGGAGUGAAGUUUGGUUUGGCCACACCCGGCUCCAGAAUAGAGAGCAUCCUCAUGUCUCUCCCCCUCACGGGCAGGUGGGAGUACAUGCACGAGCCGACCAAAGGCUCCAGGGAAGCUGAGAUGCUGAAAGUGUUACGCGACCCGAAGGAGUGGGUGUGACUCUAGGAUUACGCUGCUGCUCUUCAGGUCGCUCUGAACCUGUCAAUCAUCACCUUUUUAAACACAAAGUGCCGUCUUAGAUUCACAACUUGGCAACUACGUACGUCCAUUUAGUAUCACUGAGUUUCCUAUCAGGUAUAAUCAAUCUCAUUAUUAUACACACACUGUACAUAUUUAUACACAGCUACUUUACAACUGAACAUAGACUCUGUCCAUCUACGGUGACACUUCACCAGCUUAGCUCCUCCUACUCUCACCCCCCCCCCCCUGUAAGUUUGUCUCUAUUGCCUCCUGUCCCGUAUUUCUGUGCAAGUCACUUCAAAAUUAACACUGAGCUGCAAACCUAUUUAAAGAAUCCUUGGUGUGCUUUCAACAAAAAAAAUACCACAGCAAACAACUAUAAGCAGCACAUUUAACACACUUACAGAUGCUUAAGCAGAGUUUUUUUUUUUUUUUCACAGUUAAAGCAGGUUCUGAGCAACCAUCAGCGGCCCUGACCUGGACGAGAACCAGGGAGCAUUAAACAAGAGGUGGCCAACAUUUAGUGUUCAGAACGAGCUGCAUGCAUUACUAAAAUAAAAAGCUCACAUU